GGGAGAGCGGAUAUAGUGAAUGCGGGGUCCGGGGAGAGCGGAUAUAGUGAAUGCGGGGUCCGGGGGAGAGCGGAUAUAGUGAAUGCGGGGUCCGGGGAGAGCGGAUAUAGUGAAUGCGGGGUCCGGGGAGAGCGGAUAUAAUGCGGGGUCCGGGGAGAGCGGAUAUAGUGAAUGCGGGGUCCGGGGAGAGCGGAUAUAGUGAAUGCGGGGUCCGGGGAGAGCGGAUAUAGUGAAUGCGGGGUCGGGGAGAGCGGAUAUAGUGAAUGCGGGGUCCGGGGAGAGCGGAUAUAGUGAAUGCGGGGUCCGGGGAGAGCGGAUA